AUGGAAGGAAUAAAAGAAACCGUGAGAAAACAAUUCCCCAAUGCCAUUGCAGUACACAUGACAAAUAAGGUAGACUAUUUCGGCACAGACUACACAGCUGCAAAGCGCCUGCAAGAUGAUUUCUCUCCACUCCUUCAUAAUCAUAGUGUGAAAUCUGACAUCCUGCAAAAGCUUGCUGAAUCCGUAUUUAAAUACACAGCAUAUCCCACAAAUCUCCAAAUAAGGUCAGUCAUAGAGGCCUUGAUAGAAAAGUAUCUAUGCCUGAAGGAACCUGGAUGCUUUUCAGGGAUGCACACCUGGCAACAAUGUCUGAAAUACAAAAUGGGAAACUAUCGUGCAAAGUUAGGAAACCGAGAGCUAGCCUACCCAGUGCUUGCGGUUAACUCCUUGAAAAGGAAGCAGCCAAAUGAGAGAGUUCCUAGCAAAAAUGUAAAAAAAAAAAAAGCUGAACUGAACUAUGUUCCUCCACACCUUAAUGGGGAAUCCCUUGAGAGUUUAGAAAAUGAGCGACACGCUUUGCUGGAUGAAUUCAAAAAGAAAGACAAUCACAGAGUUAUUGCAGACAAAAUGUCUACAACGUUCUCAUACAGACGACAUAAAGUUGUCAAUCUCCGCCCACCAAUUAAAGAGUUCCAGGAGAGAUGGCCUGCCUUAUUCACAGAAGCCCAGGUGGACAGGCAUGUGCCUCGGCAAGGCAAGUACCUUCUGCACCUAUUCCAAGGCCACAUCUGCGUGUUCCAGAUUUUAGGAACCUUUGGUGCUCCAGGAGAUCAGCAUCCUACAGUGCUUCGUGUUCAAGGCUAUUUAAAUGGAUUCCUGCUCCUUUCCCCACUGCAUUGUCACCGCUACCGGACUGCUCACUUGACCACAGAGAACGUGCCCAUAGCUGGAGGAGCGGUCUCUGGCCAUCAGGAGAAAAGUAAAAGGCCAUCCACCAUUAUGUCUCCUUUCUCUCGCCUCCUCUGUCCUUACCCCAAGGUGUUGCCACAACCGCCUUGA